AACCCGCGGGAUUCGACCACUCUCCAGGAGAGCGUUCUGGAACCGACCCACAGCCCGAGAAAACGACGGUGACAUUUGCUCCCCGCCCGCCAAACCUAAGCUCCCGCCACCACCCACCGGCAGGAGCCACGCCCACGGCCACGCCCACCACCGCGCCCGCCCACGGCUGCUCCCCGCUCUCGCCGCGCCCACCCCUGCGGCCCCGGGAAGGGACCCAGCGUGACGUCACGGCACACUUCCUCUGUAACCCUCCGCCAGGAGAAAAGGUAGUCCCCGGCCCCCGGCGGGCCCGCGUCGCCCGUGCUGGGCAGCACAAAGAAAUUCUGGGGUCCUUCCGAGCCCGGCUGUAGUUCCGAGGCCACGGAGCGGCCUCCCGGACGCCGCAUAUCUGUCCUUGCCCGGAGCCGGCGGUGGAAGUAGUUCCGGCUCCCGAAGGCCGAUGGGUCCCUCCGCGGCGGGGGAAAGAGGAUGGCGACCCCGUCGAUGCCGGAGCCGGAGAGGAACGCGGUGCCGGAGGCCUCAGGUGAGCGUCGGGUCGAGUGCGGCCGCCCCACUGCACCCUGCCCGGGAGGGGGGCCCCACUGCGCGAGCACCCGGCGGCCAGGUCCCGGGCCCGGCGGGGCUGUCCGAACAGGGCCCCGGGGUCCCAGGCCCUUUAGUCGCUCUCGCACUUGCCUGAGCGGAAACCCGGCGCCGCCACAAGAUGGCGCCGGGCCUGGAGCGCAGGCAGCGCCGGGGACAGCCCCGCGUCGCCAGGCCCCGAGACCGUCGCUGUCAGCCCCCUCUGCCGGGGAGCCAGGGGCGGGGGGAGCGAACCACUGACCCGGGGGGCCUGCGGGCUGUACCACCGACCCUGCACCGGGGGGACUCGGGGGGCCCGCGGGGCUGAACCGCUGAGCCCGGACGGGGCUCACCGAGCGGGCCACCGUGCAGGGGCGGGGAAAGGGUCACGGUGACCGACCAGUGACCACCCCGCCCGGCGGAGGCUCCUAGCCUGGGAGGCUGGGCUUCCUCGUCCUCUUCUGGGAGCGUCCCUCGCCGUACACGAGGAAGCCGUGCCUCGCCGGAGACUCAGUCUUUGCCUCUGCGAAAUGGGCGCAGGGGUGCAGCUGGGUGGGCUGUGGCUGCCCACGGCGGGAAGGUGGCCCGCGCGCUCCAACUCCGGCCACCUCUCCUCGCAGAGUGAAAGCCCCAGAUCCCGCGCCCUCCUGUCAGGCAGCUCCCCGAGCCGAUGGAGGAGAACGAGGUGGAGAGCAGUAGCGACGCGGCCCCUCGGCCCGGCGGGCCGGAGGAGCCCUCCGAGAGCGGCCUGGGAGUGGGCACCUCGGAAGCCGUGUCCGCGGACAGCAGCGACGCGGCGGCCGGCCCGGGGCCGGCGGAGGCCGACGACUCUGGCGUGGGACAGAGCUCGGACCGCGGCAGCUGUCUGGAGGAGGUAUCGGAAAGCAGCUGCAGCGCUGACCCUCUGCCCCACGGCUACCUCCCCGACUCCUCCUCUGUGUCCCGGGAGCCGGUGGCAGGUGUGGCGGGCGGCCCCCCGGCACUGGUGCACUCCAGCGCGCUCCCAGACCCCAGCGCGCUGGCUUCCGACUGCACGGCCUCCUCCUCGGAUCUGGGCUCGGCCAUCGACAGGAUCAUCGAGUCCACGCUCGGGCCCGACGUGAUCCAGGGCUGCAUCACUGUGACCAGUGCAGAAGAUGGGGGAGCUGAGACCACCCGGUACCUGCUCCUGCAGGGCCCAGACGAUGGAGCCCCCAUGACAUCACCGAUGUCGACUUCCACCCUGGCCCACAGCCUGGCAGCCAUCGAGGCCCUGGCCGACGGCCCCACGUCCACGUCCACCUGCCUCGAGCCACCUGAGGAGGUGCGGGGCGGGCCCAGCUCGCCAGCACAGCCACCCCCGGCCUCUGGCGCGGAGGAGCCAGACCUGCAGAGCCUGGAGGCCAUGAUGGAGGUGGUGGUGGUGCAGCAGUUCAAGUGCAAGAUGUGCCAGUACCGGAGCAGCACCAAGGCCACGCUGCUGCGCCACAUGCGCGAGCGCCACUUCCGGCCAGCCACAGCCGCAGCCGGCAAGAAGGGCCGUGUGCGGAAGUGGGGCGCUGUGACCAGGACCCAGGAGGAGGAGGGGCCGGAGGAGGAGGAGGACGACGACAUAGUAGACGCUGGCGCCAUUGACGACCUAGAGGAGGACAGCGACUACAACCCAGCCGAGGACGAGCCCCGAGGGCGGCAGCUGCGGCCCCAGCGCCCCAGCCCCAGCACCCCCAGAACCCGAAGGAGACCCGGCAGGCCCCGGAAGGUGCCCCGCCUGGAGACGUCGGACCUGCCGGACGGUGUGGACGCAGAGCCUCUGGUGAGCUCCCAGAGUGGACAGAGCCCGCUGGCGCCACAGGACCCCGAGGCUCCCAGCUCCUCGGGCCCCGGACACCUGGGCGGCCGGGCCCUCCUGGAGCCGGGGGUGAGCCAGUCGGACGCCGAGAACGCGGCGCCCGGCUGCCCUGACGAGCCCGACGCCCCGCCCCGCCGCCGGGGGCGGCCCUCCAGGCGCUUCCUGGGCAAGAAGUACCGCAAGUACUACUACAAGUCGCCCAAGCCGCUCCUAAGGCCCUACCUGUGCCGCAUCUGCGGCUCUCGCUUCCUGUCGCACGACGACCUGCGCUUCCACGUCAACUCCCACGAGUCCGGCGACCCCCAGCUCUUCAAGUGCCUGCAGUGCAGCUACCGCUCCCGCCGCUGGUCCUCGCUCAAGGAGCACAUGUUCAACCACGUGGGCAGCAAACCCUACAAGUGUGACGAGUGCAGCUACACCAGUGUCUACCGGAAGGACGUCAUCCGGCACGCGGCCGUGCACAGCCGGGACCGGAAGAAGAGGCCGGAUCCGACCCCGAAGCUGAGCUCCUUCCCCUGCCCCGUGUGUGGCCGGGUGUACCCCAUGCAGAAGAGACUCACGCAGCACCUGAAGACACACAGCACGGAGAAGCCCCACAUGUGCGACAAGUGUGGCAAGUCCUUUAAGAAGCGCUACACCUUCAAGAUGCACCUGCUCACGCACAUCCAGGCGGUCGCCAACCGCAGGUUCAAGUGCGAGUUCUGCGAGUUCGUCUGCGAGGACAAGAAGGCGCUGCUGAACCACCAGCUGUCACACGUCAGCGACAAGCCCUUCAAGUGCAGCUUCUGUCCCUACCGCACCUUCCGCGAGGACUUCCUGCUGUCCCACGUGGCGGUCAAGCACACAGCAGGGGCCAAGCCCUUCGCCUGUGAGUACUGCCACUUCAGCACGCGGCACAAGAAGAACCUGCGUCUCCACGUGCGGUGCCGGCACGCGAGCAGCUUCGAGGAGUGGGGGCGGCGCCACCCCGAGGAGCCCCCGUCCCGCCGGCGCCCCUUCUUCUCUCUGCAGCAGAUUGAGGAGCUGAAGCAGCAGCACCGUGCAGCCCCCGCGCCGCCCCCCAGCCCCCCGGGACCUGCCGAGAUCGCUCCAGAGGCAGCACCUCUGCAGUCCCCGGAGACCCCACCCCUGCUCUGCUCCGACACCCUGGGUGGCGCCACCAUCAUCUACCAGCAAGGAGCCGAGGAGUCCACUGCGAUGGCCACGCAGACAGCCUUGGAUCUGCUGCUGAACAUGAGCGCUCAGCGGGAGCUGGGGGGCGCGGCCCUGCAGGUGGCCGUGGUGAAAUCGGAGGAUGUGGGAGCAGGGCUGGCAUCCCCUGGUGGGGAGCCCUCCCCCGAAGGCACCGCUCCACAGGUGGUCACCCUCCACGUGGCAGAGCGGGGGACUGGCGUGGCAGCUGAGAGCCAGCUGGGCUCCCCUGACCUGCAGCAGAUCACCCUGGCCUCCGGUCCCUUUGGUGGGGCUGGCUACAGUGUCAUCACAGCUCCCCCUAUGGAGGAGGGGACAUCAGCUCCUGGUACACCCUACAGCGAGGAGCCUGCAGGGGAGGCAGCCCAGGCUGUGGUUGUGAGCGACACCCUGAAAGAAGCCAGCACCCACUACAUCAUGGCCGCCGACGGCACCCAGCUGCACCACAUCGAGCUGACUGCAGAUGGCUCCAUCUCCUUCCCAAGUCCGGAUGCCCUGGCCUCUGGAGCCAAGUGGCCCCUGCUACAGUGUGGGGGUCUUCCCAGAGACGGCCCUGAGCCCCCUUCUCCGGCCAAGACCCACCAGGCGGGGGACUGUGAGAGCUCUGCCUCCCCUCCUCCUGCAGCCAGUAAAGCCCUGGGCCUGGCGGUGCCCCCCUCGCCCCCGUCUGCAGCCGCCACGGCGUCAAAGAAGUUUUCCUGCAAGAUCUGUGCUGAGGCCUUCCCGGGCCGGGCUGAGAUGGAGAGUCACAAACGGGCCCACGCCGGGCCCAGUGCCUUCAAGUGUCCGGACUGCCCCUUCAGUGCUCGCCAGUGGCCCGAGGUCCGGGCCCACAUGGCGCAGCACUCCAGCCUGCGGCCCCACCAGUGCAGCCAGUGCAGCUUCGCCUCCAAGAACAAGAAGGACCUGCGGCGGCACGUGCUCACCCACACCAACGAGAAGCCUUUCGCCUGCCACCUGUGUGGACAGCGCUUCAACCGUAAUGGGCACCUUAAGUUUCACAUCCAGCGGCUGCACAGUCCUGAUGGGAGGAAAUCAGGGACCCCAACAGCCAGGACCCCCACGCGGACCCCAACACAGACCAUCAUCCUAAACAGUGACGAGGAGACACUGGCCACACUGCACACGGCCCUGCAGUCGGGUCACGGAGUCCUGGGCCCAGAGCGGCUACAGCAGGCACUAGGCCAGGAACACAUCAUCGUGGCCCAAGAACAGACGGUGACCAAUCAGGAGGAAGCAACGUACAUCCAGGAGAUCACCACGGCUGACGGCCAGACGGUGCAGCAUCUGGUGACCUCCGACAACCAGGUGCAGUACAUCAUCUCCCAGGAUGGGGUCCAGCACUUGCUCCCUCAGGAAUACGUCGUGGUGCCUGAAGGCCAUCAUAUCCAGGUGCAGGAGGGUCAGAUCACGCACAUCCAGUAUGAACAAGGGACCCCAUUCCUUCAAGAGCCCCAGAUCCAGUAUGUGCCUGUGUCCCCAGGCCAGCAGCUUGUCACACAGGCACAACUUGAGGCUGCCGCACACUCGGCUGUCACAGCGGUGGCCGACGCUGCCAUGGCUCAAGCCCAGGGCCUGUAUGGCACAGAGGAGACAGUGCCUGAGCACAUUCAACAGCUGCAGCACCAGGGCAUUGAGUACGAUGUCAUCACCCUGACGGACGAAUGAGCCCCACGGGCCCGCGCAGACCAUGGAGUCAGGGCCAGCCCUUCUGGGGGCGGGAGGACCCGCCUGGGUGUACCUCUCUUUCCCCUCGGGGUCCCCAGAUCCUGGGCAGCAGCAUCCACUCACUCCAAGGGAGCCAGACGUGUGCUGCUGGGGUUGGGGGCAGCCAUGGGCCUCACCAGGACACGCUGGGGGCCCUAGCCUGCGGGCAGGCUUUAGGAGAGAAAUUUAUUUUUGUUUGCAUGGACCUACUGGGCCCUCAGUCUCAAUAAAGGGACCAGAGUCCAGGCCUG